AUGUGCCACGAACUAGUGCAGCAUACCAAUAGCUCUCUGCAAUCAGCCGAAAAGACAAAGGUUAUCGACCUGCAAUGUCCUCAUCGUUCCAAGUUAGCCCUGAAUAGAGUUGAAGAAACCCUCAAGAGAGCUCUAGAAGGUGAAGAUCAUGUCUAUAUUAAGGUUAGUCUAUUUCUAAAGCUGGAGACACUCCAGAGCGUUGAGCAUCCAGCGGUUUGGCUCAGCUUCAUCCCAUGCGUUAUUCCUAGCAGAAAUAUUUAUCCAUCUUAG